AAUACGCCACUGCAUACAAAAUAUUAAAGGACCCAGACGGAUGUGAUAAUGAAUGGAUCGUACAGCAUACAAAACGGUCUAAUAAAAUUGUGUGGGGACAACAUCAAUUCAAUAUAACAGCAGACAUAGAAGCUGGGGAGUAUACAUGCGAGUGCAAACAGUGGGAACAUACAGGUCUAUUGUGUGUUCAUCUUUUAAGAGCCUUCAUGCAUCUUCAAGUUGAAAAGAUACCUUCAAAGUAUAUAUUGCAAAGGUACACUGUCUCAUCAAGAAAAGAUGUUCCGUUUGAAAGAAUUGAUAAGAGCUUCAGGGGGAAGGAUGGAGUUACUAAAUCAUACAGACAGAAAAUGUUGUUAACGAAAACAAUGAAAGUAGUUCGCCAGGCGUGUAUGUCAAAAGCAGGGUACGAUAAGGCGAUGGAUGUGUUGGAUGAGCUCGAUGUCGUUCUAAGCCGAUUGGAGCCAGAUAUUGGAUGUAAUGAGUCAACAGAUGUUAGUGAUAAUGAGGAAGACAAGGAAGAAGAGUUGAAUAAAAAUAAUGCUGGCGAUGGGAUGGAAGAUGACAAUACAAUUACAUGUCAUAAUAAGGAUUCGCAUAACACCAGGACUGGAUGUGAACAUGCGUUAACAAUAAUAACAACUGGUAACCAGGUACAUAUUAAAAUAAUAUUGUUUAUUUGUCUAAAAUGA